AAUUUUGAUACAAAUCUAUUGAGAUAGGGUGUGAAAUGUGAGGGUGGUUCAAGAACUAUCUCUUUUUAGUUAGUAGUAUUUUCUAUUACAAAAAUUAUGACUGAUAACAUCAUAUGACAAAUUUUUUAUCAUUUGUAAGUAGAUAAAACUAUUCACCGUUUGUGAAUUACCGCUAUUUUUGUUUUGAAAAUAAAACAUGCCAAAAAAACUUUGGGUGGGGUCCAAAUAACUAGCUAGAAAUGUUGCAUCUUACCAAUUAUGGUCUACCGAUACUAUUUUAACGAUGUAGUACAGAAAAAUUGGAAUACGUGGAAUAGGUUCCUCGUAUUUUUAUCAAAAAUGUACGCUAUUAUUAGUUCGAAACUAAAAUAAUUUCCAUUGUACACUAUUAAUACCUUGGAGCUCCAGUUGGUCGGAAUCGAUGCGUAAAGUGGGGUCUGAUUUGUUUAGGGCUUACGAUGCUAAAUUUAGAACCAUGCAAAUAUAUCUACUAUUUGGGUAUUUUUACCACUUGUACCUCGAUGCCGUGUAGAGAGUUCAUCAAUCGAUCUGUUUCCUUUCGUUUUCCCUGUGCCCACUGUGCAGGCAAAUCUGUUUUUGUUGUUUACGUUAAUGGUGUCAUUUUGAGGUUAGUUGCUUGAGCACGAUGUUUGAAACUGAAAAGGAAGUGUGGAUCGAAAUUAUUGAAACUUACAAAGGGAUGCAAUAUUUGUGGGAUAAAAAAGAUCCGAAUUAUUUUAAUAAAAAGAUGAGGCUGUCGGCGAAUUCUCGUCUGUGUGAUGUUUACAAAAAGUUGGACAAAAAAGUCACUGUAGCCGCAUUCAAACGGAAACUGAAAAAUCUGAGGACCUGUUAUCUCAGAGAAUUGAGGAAGGUGAAAUCUUCACAAGCAACUGCUGCUUCUCUAGAUGAUGUUUAUAUUCCAUCGCUUUGGUAUUAUAACUUAUUGUCAUUUUUAUCGGAAAACAACGAACCAUCCGAAGAACUCAAAGGGGAAACGAUUUACCUAUCAGAUCCGGAAUUAUUCGAAGAAUUUUCCAAUCCUAAGCAACGCCUCAAACAAGAGACCCCAUACAACGAAUGUUCUUCAUCAAAUUCCACAUCCCCGUUGAUCCAGGAAUCGUCUACAUCGCAUUCCGUGGUAAACGAAGAAGCGCCCAUGGCUAAACUCGUGGCCAGGAACAAGAAGCAGCGCAGAACGAUAGAGAAAAAACAAGACCAGCUCAUUGAAAUCGCCACGAAACUUCUCACCGAACGAGAAGAAGAAUGGGACGUUUUCGGGAAAUCCGUGGGAAUACAAUUGAAGAGCCUGGAUCCGACACAAGGAAUUAUCGCUCAAAAGUUGAUUUCCGAUAUUUUGUUCAAUGCUAAAUUGGGAAGGCUGUGCGAAGAGUCCACUAUUAAUUUAAAACCUCUUUCAUUAUAG